AUGGAGCUUACACCGCUAGAACGGCCAGCUGACACGGAUGCAACGCAGGACUCGGUCAUAAUUAUGGACAAAGACACGCAAUAUGAAUUUGGAGAAGGGGUAGACAACGCCAUGCUGCACCCGCCUCGCACUAUCCGCGGCGACGAUCCACGGUCCGUCGGCGGCGCAGCGAAUGUACUCGACUUUGAAGCACAUAGCGACUACCCCACCACCGAAGACCAAGAGCGCGAGACGCGCCAAAUCGAAUCGAACCUGCGCCAGUGGUCCCAGCAGGAGAAAAUGCAGCGGAAACACUCACGGAGAAGCAGCGCGAUCCCAAUGAAUUCGCCGAAUGGGCUGGUGCGUCGGUUUAGCACGUCCCUUGCGCGCGUUCCUUCGCAAAUACGCAGCGGCACACGCCGCACGGAUACCAUCCCCGACACCGCCUACGAGAUGACGCCUUCGGGCUAUGCAAACAAUGCAAGCACGCACGACGAGGGCGCCACGUUUACCAGCGUCGGCCGCAGCGAGGACCAAGCGCUGAGGCCCGGCGUUGGGACCCAGGCGUUUGACUUUUCCGGGAACGGUGGCGAUCUGGCCUCGAUCUCGUUUGACGACUUUAACGAUAUCAAGGAGCCCCUCGCGGCCGAAAUGCCCUAUGCGAGCGGCUCUGGCGCCGUGCGGCCCGCGCGGUACGAUAGCCCAUCUGCUGGGAUCCACGAUGGGAUCAUCUCGCCCGUCGAUACCAACGACAGCUCCUUUGCGUCUGCCGUCGAAACGCCCGAGCACAGUAAUAUGGCCAUGACCAUGGCGAAAAUCCGCGCGCAUGAUUUUCCCAUGGUCACUGUUGGGCGCGCGUCCAGCUUACAAUACCGCAAUAGCCAGCUUCCGCAGCACGAGCCGUCGCUCUCUCCCGAUAUGUCCACUCGCGCUGCUGCAGCGAGAGCUGCGCGCAGGUACACGGCGAAGAACGGGAUCAGCGCAAUACCAGAAUCGCGCGACGGCGCCGAGCUGGCGGAGGCGGACCUUGCCGCGAUGCCCUCCGAUCCGCUCGAGUCUCCAGGGAGUACACUGCGCUCUGCAGAUGCGCUUAGCACCGACGGAAAGCAAUCAGAUACUGCCGCUGCUGGCCUCCGCGCUUCGUCGCUGCACCAAGACGCGUACAGCAGACCUGUAGAAAGCAUGCGGCUGGACACUGAGCAGCACGAGCUGGAAGCACAGCGCGAGCGCGACCACGCUUGGCUUCUUUCUGACCUCGUCUUUGGCUGCUGUGGGCUCUGCACCACCGACGGCGACGACGAAGAGCAAGCCGCGCGCACAAAUCCGAUGGAGUAG